CCUUUGGAAAAUGAGCCAUUCGUGGAACGGGAGUAGCCACAGGCUUCCACCAGGACUAAAGACUUUACCACUGAUUGGAAACCUUCACCAAAUGGAUCUGAAGAGGCCAUAUAGCACCAUGUUACAGUUCUCGAAACAGUACGGCCCGGUCUACCGCAUCCAACUGGGAUGGCAGAAAAUGGUAGUUCUGGCAGGCUACGAGACUGUGAAGGAGGCGUUGGUGAACCAGGCAGAUGCCUUUGCGGACCGGCCCAGCGUCCCAAUCUUUGAUGACCAACGAAGUGGCCAUGGUGAGGUCAUUCCUUCUAAAGAGAUGUCUUACUUGCAGAUCCGGCGUUUCCAAAAAACCACGUUGGGGGAGCGUGACUUCCACGGAAUGGGCAAAAGAUACAUAGAAGACAGAAUUGUCGAGGAGUGCAGUUUCCUACUGCAGAAGUUGGAAUCCUUUAAUGGGAAACCUUUUGAGACAACUAUAAUUGUGAAUGGUGCUGUUUCCAAUAUUAUAGUGUCCAUAUUACUUGGCAAACGAUUGGAAUAUGAAGAUCCAACAUUUAAAAGAUUACUACACAUGCUCCAUGAAGAUGUCAAACUCCUAGGAAGUCGCUCAGUCCUGCUGUACAACAUGUUUCCCGCUCUGGGCUUUCUUUUCGGUGCUCGCAAGACUAUCAUUGCUCACCAGAAGGAAAAGUCCGCCUUUGUGCAGGCCGCCUUCAUAGAACGUCUCAAAGUACUGGAUGAGAAUGACCAAAGAAGCUUUAUUGAUGCUUUUCUAAUUCAACAGAAAGAGGAGAAGACCAAGAACCAGAGCAGUGGAUUUUUCCAUAAUGAAAACCUAAAGGCUGUUGUGAAUGAUUUAUUUGGGGCUGGCACAGAGACAACGUCGACGACCUUGCGUUGGGGCCUCUUGCUGAUGAUGAAGUACCCUGAGAUUCAGAGGAAAGUGCAAGAAGAAAUGACAAAGGUGAUCGGAUCUGCUCAGCCGCGCAUUGAACACCGAGCAAAGCUGCCCUACACCGAUGCGGUGGUUCACGAAAUCCAGAGGUUUGCAAAUAUUGCCCCUUUGGGUGCGCCACACGCCACCAAUGCGGAUGUGACUCUUGGAGGCUACUUCAUUCCAAAGGGAACGCAUAUCGUCCCCUUAUUGUACUCUGUGCUGUACGAUGAAUCUCAGUGGGAAAAACCGUUUCAAUUCUAUCCUGAGCAUUUCCUUGAUUCUGAAGGAAAGUUCGUCAAGAGAGACGCCUUCCUGCCUUUCUCUGCAGGUCGGCGAGUGUGUGCAGGUGAGACCCUUGCCAAGAUGGAGCUCUUCCUCUUCUUUGUGAGUCUCCUGCAGAGGUUCACUUUCCAGCCAGCCCCUGGGACAUCCAAGGAAGACCUGGACCUCACCCCUGACGUGGGCAGUACGUGGCCUCCGAUGCCCUACCAUACCUGUGCUUUGCCACGUUAA